AUGUCAUCCGAGUUUGGGUGUUUUCGCGUGCGAAAUGCAGGGCGCGAGGGCAAAUCCAUCGAGCAGAUCUACCAGAAGAAGACCCAGUUGGAGCACAUCUUGUUGCGACCUGAUACCUAUGUGGGAUCCACGGAAGCCCAGGUGCAGGAACUUUGGGUCUUUGAUGCUGUACAAAGCCGCAUGGUUCACCGGAGGAUCAGCUUCGUACCGGCGCUGUACAAGAUCUUCGACGAGAUCCUUGUGAAUGCAGCGGAUAACCUGCAGCGAGAUCCGCAGGGCAUGGACACCAUCAGGGUUGGCAUCGAUCAGCAGCAGGGUUGCCUGUUUGUGUGGAACAAUGGCAGGGGACUCCCGGUGGUCAUGCACAAGGAGCAGAAGGUGUACGUCCCAGAGCUCGUGUUUGGCCACCUGCUCACAAGCGACAACUACGAUGACUCCUCCUGCAAGGUAGUCGGAGGCCGGAAUGGCUACGGGGCCAAACUCGCGAACGUUUUCUCCACAGAGUUCAAAGUCGAGACUUGUGAUGGCAAGAACAGGUUCACUCAAAUCUUCAAGAAGAACAUGCAGGUGAAGGGCAAGCCCGAGAUCACAGCAGCAAAGGAGAAGUCCUUCACCUGCAUCACCUUCAAGCCUGAUUUGGCAAAAUUUGGCAUGACGAGCCUGGACGAUGACAUUGUGUCUUUGCUGACAAAGCGAGUAUACGAUGUGGCCGGCUCCACAACUGACAGAUGCAGCGUAUUUCUGAAUGGCGAUAAGUUGGACGUCAAGAACUUCCGAGAUUAUUGCGACUUGUAUUUGCUCACACGCCAGGGAGUGCCUCAGAUCUACGAGAAGUGCUCUGACAGGUGGGAGAUUUGUGUGAGCCUCACAGAGAGCGGGUUUAGCCAGGUGAGCUUCGUGAACUCGAUUUGCACCAUCCGCGGUGGGACGCACGUGACCCACGUCUCUGAUCAGAUUGUGGAGGCUAUCCUGGAGCGAGUGAAGGCGCAGAGCAAAGAAAAGGUGAAAGGAGGGGUCGAUGUGAGGCCACACCACGUGAAGAACCACCUCUGGGUCUUCAUCAAGUGCUUGGUGGAAAACCCUGCAUUCGACUCGCAGACAAAGGAGACCCUCAUGACUAAGCAGUCCAAAUUCGGGUCGCGCUGUGAACUCUCAGAGAAGUUCCUGACAGAGGUGGCCAGCAGUGGCGUCGUAGACCUCAUCCUCAUGGCUGCCAUGGCGAAGUCCAAAGUGGACCUUGGGAAGAAGCUCAAGGCCAAUACCAGCCGGGUGGCUCGCCUCACAGGUGUCCCUAAGCUCGAGGAUGCCAACGACGCAGGAGGCAAGCUUUCCCACGAAUGCACGCUGAUCUUGACAGAGGGAGACUCGGCAAAGGCACUGGCAGUGGCAGGGCUCAGCGUCAUUGGCCGUGAUAAGUGGGGCGUGUUCCCUCUCCGGGGCAAGGUUCUGAAUGUGCGCGACGCCACGCUUAAGCAGAUGAUGGCCAAUGAGGAGAUCCAGAACCUGAUCAAGAUAAUUGGCCUUGACUUGAACCGAGAGUACGACGCUGAGCUGAAAGGCCUUCGAUAUGGCUCCAUCAUGAUCAUGGCUGAUCAGGACAGCGACGGCUCUCACAUCAAGGGGCUUUUGAUCAACCUGAUCCAUGCCUGGUGGCCCUCUCUGGCGCGGCUGCCAGGCUUCCUGAAGGAGUUUUUCACGCCCAUCGUCAAGGCAAGGAAGGGCCGCUCGGAGACUUGCUUCUACACGCUUCCGGAAUACGAGGCUUGGAAAAAAGAGACUGACAACGGGCAUGGCUUCAAGAUCAAAUACUACAAAGGACUCGGCACGAGCACGCCAAAGGAGGCGAAGGAGUACUUCAGCGCCCUGGAGUCGCACAAGAUACAAUACCGGUACGACGGAAUUGAGGAUGACCGAGCCAUUGAUCUGGCUUUCAAUAAGAGGCGGGCAGACGACCGAAAGUCCUGGAUCAAUGCCUACGAGGAAGGCCGCCUCAUUGACCACACGCAGAAAGCCGUAAGCUACAAGGAUUUUGUGGACAAGGAGCUGGUGCUGUUUGCAAAGGCCAAUGUUGCUCGAGCAAUUCCUUCCAUGGUGGAUGGCUUCAAGCCCAGCCAGAGGAAGGUACUUUUUGGCUGCUUCAAGCGCCGUUUGCGCCAGGAUGUCAAGGUGGCUCAGCUUGUGGGCUAUGUGUCGGAGCACGCGGCAUACCAUCAUGGUGAGAUGUCUUUGUCGGAGACCAUCGUGGGCAUGGCACAGGAUUUUGUUGGGUCCAACAAUAUCAACUUGCUGAUUCCACAAGGCCAGUUUGGCACACGCCUGCAGGGUGGCAAGGACUCGGCUUCUGCACGAUAUAUCUACACUCGCCUGGCGCCCAUCACGCGCAUCCUCUUCCCGCCUGGCGACGACAAUGUCUUGGAGUAUUUGAACGAGGACGGCCUCUCCAUCGAGCCCCGCUGGUACUGUCCGAUCAUUCCCAUGGUGCUGGUGAAUGGAGUUGAAGGCAUCGGCACGGGCUGGAGCUCUUCGGUGCCAAACUUCUCUCCCCGGGAGAUCAUCGACAACCUCAGGAGGUGGCUCAAAAAGCAGGAGAUGAAGGAGAUGACGCCAUGGUUUGCAGGCUUUACCGGCAGCAUCUCGAAGUCCCGGGAAGAAGGGAAGUGGGAGGUCACGGGGAGCAUUCGAUCUCUUGGGGAAGGCAAGGCUGAGAUCACCGAGUUGCCAGUGAAGCGCUGGACACAGGAUUAUCGUGAGAUCCUGGAAGAGAAUCUUCCCAAAGGGGAGAAGAAGCGAGAAGGGCCAAAGUUGUUGGAAGACUACCAAGAGUACCACAGCGAGAAGACGGUGCACUUCGAGCUAUCCUUGAGCUCAGAAGGCCAACAACAAGCCGACAAGGACAACCUCGAGAAGGCCUUCAAGCUCCGCUCCACAAUCAGCAUGAACAACAUGAUGCUUUUUGAUGCGGAUGGCAAGAUCAAGAAAUACGAGAGUCCAAAAGACAUCCUGCAAGAUUUCGCACAAGUUCGGAUGAAGAUCUACGAGAAGCGCAAGGCGUAUCUGCUGGCACGGCUCACCCGCGAAUGUGAGGUAUUGAGCGCCAAGGCACGCUUUGUAAAGCUUGUCAUCGAGGGCAAGAUAGUGAUCCGAAGGAGGAAGAUUGCCGACUUGGCUCAGGAUUUGCGGAAGAAUGGGUUCAAGCCGCUCCAAGAUCUGAAGGGCGAACCGUCCGACGACCAGGAGGCAGAGAAGGACAACGAGGAUGGUAGCGAAGAGGAGGAGGAAUCAGCAGACCUGACCAAGAAAGCUGUGAGGGACUUCGAGUAUCUCGUUGGCAUGCCGAUCUCCACGCUGACAGCUGAGAAGGUGGCAAGGUUGAUGCAGGAGCACGAGAUCAAGGCCUUAGAGCUCUCAGAUCUGCAGAAGAAGAAGCCUUCACAUCUCUGGCUGGAGGACCUGCAGGCUUUGGAGAUUGCCCUGGAUGAGCGAGACGCUGCUGCCAGAGACGAAGAGGAGAAAGAGAAGGCCAAGAUCCAGAAAGCCAAGGCCAAGAGUGAGAAGAGUGAAAAGAGUGAAAAGAGUCUACGAGGCGCGGGAGGCAAGGGCUUGAAACGCAGCGCCUCGGGACCUGAUCGCGCUGGGUCAAAGGAGGAGGCAAAGCCAAAAGCAAAAGCAAAAGCCCGUUCCCAAAGCGCAGGCAGGAGAGGCUUAAAGCGGACUUCCUCGGGUCCACCCGAGUGA